AUGUCCCGGGUUCCACUGGGGAAGGUCCUUCUUAGGAAUGUCAUCCGGCACACAGAUGCUCACAAUAAGAUCCAGGAAGAAUCAGAUAUGUGGAAAAUAAGAGAAAUAGAGAAACAGAUGGAGGAUACUUAUCAAGAAACCAAAAGGAAAAUGUUGCCCAGCAGUUCAAGUCGGAUGCGUAGUGAUGGAUUUGAUGAAGAAAGUCAGAGAGAAUAUUGGAGGCCAAAGACUGAAAUUUCUGGAACAUUGGAAGAUGAUUUUCUUAAACCCAAAUCCUGGAACAAGAAGUUGUAUGAUUAUGAAGCUAAUAUGCCAGACAGAUGGGGUCACAGUGGUUAUAAGGAGUUAUACCCUGAAGAAUUCGAAACAGACAGUGAUCAGCAGGAUAUUACCAAUGGGAAGAAAACAUCUCAGAUAAAAUCAUCUACCCAUGAAUCCCGCAAACAUAAGAAGUCAAAGAAGUCUCACAAAAAGAAACAGAAGAAAAGGUCACACAAAAAACAGAAGAAAAGCAAGAAGGAAGCCACAGAUGUAACAGCAGAUUCCUCAAGUGAGUUCUCAGAAGAAACUGGUGCUUCUAGUACCAAGAAG